AUGAAAGUCGUUAUUGGAGAGGGGGGAUUCGGAAAGGUAUACAAAGGUCAAAUGUCUAGUGAAGAUGAUGGUCAUGUUAUGGCCAUUAAACGGCUAGAUUCUAUGUCCGACCAAGGGGAACUUGAGUUUAGAGCGGAGGUCGACAUGCUUUCUAAGUUGCGUCACUGUCACUUGGUGUCUCUCAUCGGUUAUUGUCAUGAAAAGAAGGACAUGAUCCUUGUUUAUGACUUUAUGCCGAAUGGAACCCUUUACCAACAUCUACACAAAGCAGAUAGUGCUCCUUUAAGUUGGUUGAGACGGCUCAAGAUAGCGAUAGGUGUUGCACGUGGUUUGGACUACCUACACACUGGUGUAGGCACCCAACAUGGAGUCAUACAUCAUGAUGUGAAAAGUUCUAACAUUCUUUUAGAUGACAGCUGGGCGGCUAUGAUUUCGGAUUUUGGGUUGUCGAAAAUUGGCCCAACCAAUCAAUUGAUUUCUUACGUUGAUGCAAGUGUGAAAGGCACAUUCGGGUAUCUUGAUCCAGAGUAUUUCUAUACUAGAAAAUUAACAAGGAAAACAGAUGUCUACGCAUUUGGAGUCGUAUUAUUUGAAUUGAUAUCUAGAAGGCUUCCAGUAGACACGAACGCUAUAGGGAGGACAAUGUAG